AUAAUCCCUCGAUGACACGCGGCGGCACAUCAAUGCUGUUGGCACCGCGCCACAGUUAGUUAGAUAGAAUCCCGUGAGUCAGCGGUACGCGAGACCGUGCGCGGCGCGGAUCGAUAGCUUGCACAGCGCCCGCCCCUCGUCAGCUCCCAUGCACCUGUCGUAACUAGCAGCUCGGGCACGUACAAACAACCCAAAAUGAAGUGAUCCCGACAAAGAACGAGUGCUUUCUUCAGUCAAUUCCCCCUAACGAUAGUUCAAGGUCAACGGCCGUAGACCUCUAAAGCAUCUAUCAAUUUUAUCAAACUACCUCAAAACACGGCUCCGUGUGCCGUGUUUAUUUGUGUGAAUUUUAUUUUUAAUUAUUACGCGUAGUGGGCAAGGUCGCCGUUUAUUUUGCCGUACACAAAUGUCGGAUCUUUUCCAUUGCAAGCGCGCGCGUGCUCCGAGGUAGAACGGAACAAAGGUCCAAGUCAGUCGAGGAGCCUGUGUGAAAGAGCAGCUAUGGCUUCGAAAGUCCUGGUGCCUAGUCCACCCUUCGCCAAACUGCAGGUGAAGAAAUCACCGGCGGAGUCGAAUGGCACUGCCGGUUUCAUCAUCGGCGGUGACGCGGCAGCCAGAGUAGCGCACUUGGAGCACAGCGUGAGGUUCCUACAAGAACAGCACCGACUGAUGCUGAGCGGUCUCCACGCGGAGAUAGAGGCUCUGCGAGAGAGAAAUAGAGACUUACAAUUUCAACUAAUUUUCAACAAAGAAUCAACUGUGAAGGCAACACCACCUGUAGCAGAUGACACGGCUGACAGCAAUGAGGAAAAAUUACGGCAGGAAGUGGGUAGACUGGAAAAAGAGGCGGCGGCGGCGCGAGGCGAGGCGCGCGCGGCCGAGGCGCGGGCGCUGCAGCUGCAGAGACUUGUGGAUGCGCAGGCUGAGAAACUGCGCGAGCUGGAAGUGCGCGAGAGCAGCGGAGACGCGAGCGGCGGCGGCGAGGACGGUAGCUCGGAGAGCCGCGCGGAGCUGCGCCUGCGGCUGGCGGAGGCGGAGCGGCUGGUGCGGCGCCUGCGCGCGGACGCGGAGCGGCAGCGGCGUGAGGUACUCGGGGGCGCUGGCGUCACCAACCUACUGUUCGACGGCGCGGCCGCACGACACGCGCACUUGCAGUGCAUGAAGAACUCGCUGCACGCGUCUCUUCGCGCCAGCGGGCUGGACAGCUACGGGUUCCAGAAUCACUAUCACUUCCCGCCCGUUCACAACUCGGACUUCUGGCGCGAGCCGCUUAGAGAAGAAUACAGUAUGGGAUCACGAAAUCGAAACAAUAGAAGACCGCUCACACUGCCAGAGCUGACAGCCGUCGGACAACCGCUUCGCGCAACCGUGUAUGCCAAUCCUCAUGCGCGAGUACGAGGCUACGACAAAAACAAAAAGAGCCAAUCCACAAAUGGAGAAACAACUAAUGGAAAAAAUUCAGAAGAGCCAUCAGAAGUUCUGCGAUUAUUACCGAUUUGCACCGAUAUGGAUAGGUUAUCAAAACCGGUUACUGGGAAAUCGAACGAGAGUCCAUUUUCCACAUAUCCAGAGUUGAAAAUAGUUGUUACUAAAAUUAUACCCCACGGGAAUGUAAGUACGCCAGGCGGUGAGGCGCGAGGGCGUACGCGGCGCUCUCAGCGCAAGCACAGCGACCAUACAUAACUACUGCAGUGAACUACAAUACUCUCACAAAUAUAGCUCCACUCACAUAAUACUACCAGUUAUUACAACAUAUACCUAAGAAUCAUCUUUAUAAUGAAACGGGGUGACUUUUUGGGACAGGCAUCUCAUGGCUGUUCGUGCCUUGAACAGUCAGGACACUCCGUAUCAAAAAGGCAUCCCGAAUAAUUUACUCAUUUAUACCGUUCCAAUGUAAUUGUGAUUGUCAAUUGAAAUAUGGAUUUUUUUCUAGUAUUAAACGUUUUUAACUGAACCAAAUAAUUUUUAACUUAAAUUAUAGAAGCGUUUUCCUUAAUACAUUCCUAAAAAAUCCAAAAAAAGUUGAUUAUCAAACGUACAUUGAUUAAUUAUUAAGGUUUUCUUGACACCAUCUAUUUGACCAGUUGUAACCGUUCUCAAUGCUAGAAGCAUACAGCAUGUUACAAUUUGUAUUGUUACAUUUUUUAAACUGCCUCGAGUUAUUAUAGUAUUUAAACGUAGAAUUGAAAAUGUUGCCUGAACAAAUAAAAUAUAUUAGUCGAUUUUAAGCGACGAUGAUGUAAAACUUGAUAGUAGAUGAAAACUAAUUUAAGAACUUAUUAAAUAAAUAAAUACAUAAUAUAAUUAUGUAAUGUCAAGGGCAAGACGUGUAUCUACAAGUUUUUCUACACAAUUCGAUAACAAUAGGCAAUAGAUUGCACAGGUGCAAUUAUUAUAUUUAAUAAUAAUAAUUGAAAUAAUUUUCAAAGUGCCUAGAUUGUGUGAUGUUAUACCGCUUGAGUAUGUAACUUUUGCAAAGUCCAUUUCACAAGAUUUGUCCAGUUACAAUACGGGGUCGUAUGAGAGUUAUUAUUACCAUACAAAACAAGGCCAUUAUUACGAUUUAUAAUAGAAAAAAACAAAAUCUAGCACAAAUAAAAAAAUUCACAUUGUAACUGUAGACUGAUAACUGAGGACUGUAGUUACAGCAUCCUUUUCCGAAUGGUUUAAGAAAAAUAAUAUUAUACCGAAAACCUUUAAAAUAACUACAUAAUUGUGAUUAUCAAUAACAAAAUUUUAUAGAAUAUUAUAUUAUUUUUUAUUCACUUCUGAAGAAUUUGUCUCAUGUUUACAUAUAAUGCGUGUUUUGGUUUACCAUUAUAGACUUAGCGACUGAGACAUGCAAAUAAUCAGUAUGCUCUCGUGCAAUGGACUUUAGAUUCAAGAACUACUACUGUGACAGUUAGUAAUUUUCAAAAUGUUGGAUACUAAUAAUUAUUAUUAUUAUGCAGUAGAAAACACAGAAGCAAUACUAUAUUGUAAGCAUCGAGAAACUUAAUUAGACUAUUUUACGGUUCAUGUAUAGAGUUUCGACUUUAAAGUGAGCUGCAUCUCAAGAAGACGCAUUCUGUGACUAAUGCAUUCACCAGUUUCGUCAAGUAUUGCGAUUAGUUGGCGUUGCAUUCGUUACGUACGCGUUACUGAAACUGAUAUAAAUUUAUUAAAAUGUACAAUGUAUUAAAAAGGGUCCGAUAAAACGUCGGAGUGGCUUAAUGUACCUAUAAAUAAAAAAAAGGAAAUACUUAAGUAAUGAAGUCAUUAAUCAUUAAAAAAAUAUUUUUUACUCUGCACAUUUUAUUUCAUAUACCGGUGUUAACGUUAUAAUAUUCGUAUGCUAGCACUAAUAGUGAAUUUCUAAAAUUUUUCAGCACACUGAAGUGUUUUGCACAUGACCUCUAGAUAUAUUAGAAAUGCUACCUAUAGUAAUAAAAAUAUCAGCCUCAGUGACGCGUUUAUUAAAAACUUACACAUACUCAAACUAGCAUAAAGAGUUAACAUAUAAAUGCUACCAGAACUAGCGACUGCGACUAAUACAAGCUAUACAAGAGCGCCAUUGUCAUUAAGCUAAUGGUAUUUGUUAACUUUCCGUGCUAUUUGAGAAGGCUUACCUUAUAAGGCUAAUGUAAAAUCUCCAUUAGUGAUUGAAGUAUGUAUAUUAAUAAUAAUACCUAAUCAGUAAUUAUUUGUUAAAUAAUUACUUGAAUUAGAUUAUUUAUUAACGAUUGUUGCACAAUAUUGUAAUUGGUUAAAAGUAAGAAAAGUUAAUGAAAUAUGCUCAAGCAUACUUAAAAUUAUUGGAGGUAGUGAUUUUUUCAUUCCAAAACGUUUAAUGUUAACUGUCAUUACGUUCGACUACCGUUCACACUGAAGUCGGACUAUAGCACAACACUAAUCCAUUUACAAUGGAGUAGAUAUAUAUUUUUUGUCUGUGGACAUGCCAAGGAAAGUCAAGAUGUCAAAAAAGGAACGGCAAAUACACCUGAGAGGUCGACUUGCAUUGCAAGGGCUGCAAAAUUUUGUUUUUUUUUAUUGAAAUUUAUGAUGAUGAUUUGGGUUUUUAUAAUCUUUUCCUUUUAUUUCUAUUAAGUGAAAUAAUAUUUUUAGGAAAAAUUGAGUAACCUUUGCCUUAUAUUGUUUGCCUGCAUUGUUUAUAUGUUUGACUACAUUCCUAUACUAAGUACCAGGUAAAAGAAGACUUGUGUCGCCUGCAGCCUGCAACAGGUCCAGCCUUUAGUGUGGACGGGGCCUUAGUUACUCUACAUUUGUGAGAGCGUUGGAACCUUACGCUAAAUUGUAGCCUUAUCCAAUAUUAUCUAAUUAUUAAAAUAUAUUAUGAAUAAUUAUUAUUGAUAUAAUAAUAUAUUUAUUGCGAAUAGA